CGUAAAGUAUCAGGUAUGUGACACCAGUUACUCUACGUCCUCACAGACUACGCCGUAAAAAGCGUUAUAUUACUGUGUAGAACAAGUCAACUAGUAUUAACCCACCACCCUAUACACCCCUCGUAAAUCUGGUGGUACGUAUAUACUUUGGUAUGCUGAAUAUACAACCUCAAAAUAUGUAAAUGUCUUGUGAGUACUGUAAUUCCACUCUUUUUUAUUGUUAACUCUAUAAAAGAGCAUAAUAAUAUCAAGGCUGGGCAUAAACGAGUUAAAAAGUUAAGUUAUUUUUAACUUUUUAAAUUCAAUUUUCAUUAACUUAAUUUUUAACUUAAUUAAUUUUUAUUGACAUUAACUUAAUAAAUAACGAGUUAUUUUUAAUCAAAUCCAAGUUGAGUUAUUUUAUAAAUAAUUAAAUAAUAAAUAAAAUAAUAUUAUUAUUGAUUUACGAUCCAUAUUGCAUAAAACAUAAACAUAAACAUUUACUAAAAUUAAUUAAAUUAAACUGAAUUCUUGUUCUAUUAACCAGAAUUGUUUAAUAAAAAUAACUUAAAUAAAUAAAUUAUGUAGGUAUAGCAUUCUAUACCGCGGCAUACGGGUAUAUUGUAAUAAUAAUAAUAUUUAAUAGUUAAUAGUUAAUACUAAUAAAGUAAUAACUAAUAUAUAAUAUGAUAUUGAUAAAUGGUACAACGCAUAAAUCACAAAUAUACAAUUCUCAAGAAACAAGAAUAUAAUAUUAUAAAAUAUUUUCGUCAUAAAUAACCAACUCAGUUAUUUCUGUUUUUGCCGUUUGACACACUCCAGCACGAAAACUCAAAGUUCGAACAGUAAUUGGUAGAUAAGAUUAAAAUAACUGGAACUGAACCUUUGAGUAUCGAAGGAAAACUGCCCAAAAGGGAAGAGAUUGAGGGCAGACAGCAACAACAACAACACAAGACUGAAUUUAUGCAUUCUACCGAGCCUUGAAGGAAUUAUAUAUUCUUACCAAGGUUCAGAUGACAUUUUAGCUCACGGAACAUUGAUUAAUCACAAUCGCACUGUUAUUGAGAACUGUGAAAUUGGAUAUCAUAAGGUUUACCCCAAUAGUUUUAGGGUUUGUCAGAAUGAUGGAAAAUGGAAAUUGAAUGCUGAGAAAUUAUGUUUAAAGUGCGGUAGAUCGUAUAUCAGACAUCAAUUAUUGAUCUAUAAUGGCAGGACAACGCAAGUUGGAACAGCACCUUGGAAUGUAGCAGUAUAUCUAUUUAGGAAAGAGAGUUCCAUGUAUGAUUUGAUAUGCGGAGGAUCACUAAUCGCUCCAAAUUUAGUCGUUUCUGCGGCUCAUUGUUUUUGGCAAAAAGGUAUGAUAUCUAAUAGAAUUUCAGUAAAUAAUGGUCUAUACAGAAUUGCUGUUGGGAAAUAUUAUAGAAAUUUCACAGUAAUUGACAAUGAUUUUACUCAAAUGAUGGAUGUGGAAACAAUUUAUCUGAAAGAAGACUAUUUGGGAUUUCAACGGUUCUAUUCUGAGGAUAUAGCUGUUAUCGUGUUAUCAAACAGAGUUAAUAUUAGUGAUUCUGUUGCACCAGUUUGUGUUGACUGGAAUGGUACACAUAAUGUAACAAACGGAACUAAAGGACAGAUUGUUGGUUGGGGAAAUACGGAAAAAAACAUACCAAGUCCAGUUUUAUUAGAAGCAACUUUGCCGUACAUUGACUAUAAUUCUUGUUGGAAGAUGUAUAGAGAUAAUAAUUUUCAAAUGUUAGUGACUUAUGAUAAAUUUUGUGCCGGAUACACAUCAGGUCAAGGAGUUGGCGAAGGUGACAGUGGUGCAGGCUUGACGUUUUUACAUUCUGAUUUUUAUUAUUUAACCGGAAUUGUGAGUGUCAAGGAAAAAAAUACAAAUAAUUCAAUUGCACUUUUUACAAAUGUUAGGCUCCACAUGAAAUGGCUUCGUGAUUUGUAUUAUAAAUAUGGUUCUUCUGGUAGUGAUAACAUGCUGGAUAUGAAAAAUGCAUGUGUUUUACCAGCUGCCGAAGGAGUAAUAUAUUCUUAUGAAGAUUCAGAUAAAAUUUUAUUUCAUGGGACAUUAAUUAAGCAGCAUCGUGUUGUAAUUGAGAACUGUGAAGUUGGAUAUGAUAAGGCUUAUCCUAAUGGUCUUAGGAUUUGUCAGGGAAAUGGAGAAUGGAUAUCCAAUUCUACGAAUUUGUGUUUCAAAAAGUGUCCACCUCUAUUAUCAGAUAGUUUAGAUAUUAAAUGUACUCUAAAUGGUAAGAAUGCUAAUUGUUCAAAUCCGUCUAUACCCAAUACAUUAGCAAUCCAAUCGUGUAAGUCCACUCAUAGACUACGAAAUAGACAAGAAGGGACUUCAAUUGAAUUACGUUGUCAGUUUAAUGGGACGUGGAAUAAUCAACUAUAUAGAUGCACCCCAUAUUGUGGUAGACCGUAUAUCAGGGACAAUUUAUUGAUCCAUAAUGGUAGUACUACAGCACAAGUUGGAACAGCACCUUGGAAUGUAGGAAUAUAUUUAUUUAAUAUUGAAAGUUCUAAGUAUGUCUUGAUAUGUGGAGGAUCAUUAAUUGCUCCAAAUUUAGUCGUUUCUGUGGCUCAUUGUUUUUGGCAAAAUGGUAUGCUAUCUAAAAGAAUAUCAAUAAACAAUGGUCUCUAUAAAAUUGCUAUUGGGAAAUAUUAUAGAAACUACAAAGUUUUUAGAAAUGAAUCUACUCAAAUAAUGGAUGUGGAAACAAUUAAUCUGAAAGAAGACUAUCGUGGAUAUAGUGGGUUAUAUUCUGAGGAUAUAGCUGUUAUCGUAUUAUCAAAAAGAGUUAAUAUUAGCGAUGCUGUUGCACCAGUUUGUGUUGAUUGGAAUGGUAUACAUAAUGUGACAAAUGGAACUCAAGGAAAGAUUGUUGGUUGGGGGAAUACGGAAAAAAACAGACCAAGUCCGGUUUUAUUAGAAGCAAAUUUAACGUACAUUGAUAAUAAUUCUUGUCGGAACAUAUAUAGAAUUAAAGAUUUUCAAAAGUUUAUUACUUUUGAUAAAUUUUGUGCCGGAUCUACAUCGGGCCAAGCAGUUCGCGAAGGUGACAGUGGUGCAGGCUUGACGUUUUUACAUUCUGAUUUUUAUUUUUUAACCGGAAUUAUGAGUGUCAGGGAAUCAAAUGCAAAUAAUUCAAUUGCACUUUUUACAAAUGUUAUGCUCCACAUAAAAUGGCUUCAUGAACUAUAUAAUAAAUAUGGUUCUUUUGGUAGUGAUACUAUGCUAGUUACGAAUAAUGUAUGUGUUUUACCAACUGUGGAAGGUAUUAUAUUUUCAUAUGAAGGAUCAGAUAAAGUAUUAUCUCACGGGACAUUAAUUAAUCCUCUUCGUAUUGUCUUUGAGAAUUGUGAAAUUGGAUAUUAUAAGGCUUCCCCAAAUAGUUUUAGGGUUUGUCAGGAAAAUGGAGAAUGGAAAUUGAAUUCUGAGAUUUUGUGUUUCAAAACGUGUCCACCUCUAUUAUCAGAUAGUUUAAAUAUUAAAUGUACUCUAAAUGGUACCUAUGCUAAUUGUUCAAAUCCGUCUAUACCCAAUACAAUAGCAAAGCAAUCAUGUAAACAAACACAAAUGAUACUAAACGGACAAGAAGAGACUCCAAUUGAAUUACGUUGUCAGUCUAAUGGAACAUGGAAUAAUGACCUGUAUAGAUGCACAUCAUAUUGUGGUAGGCCGUUUAUCAGGGACCAAUUAUUGAUCCAUAAUGGUAAUACUGCAGAACAAGAUGGAAUAGCACCUUGGAAUGUAUUGAUAUAUCGAUUUAGUAAAGAGAGUUCCAACUAUUAUUUUAUAUGUUCAGGAUCAUUAAUUAGUCAAAAUUUAGUCGUUUCAGUCGCUCAUUGUUUUUGGGAAAAUGGUAGGCAGUCUAAUUUAAUAUCAAUUAACGAUGGUUCAUAUAAAGUUGCUGUUCGAAAAUAUACUCAAGAAUACUCGGUUAUUGAUAAUGAAUUCACUCAAAUAAUGGAUGUGAAAAUAAUUUAUCUGCAUGAAGAUUAUUCUAGAACUGGUGAAUUUUUUGUUAAUGAUAUAGCUGUUAUUGUGUUAAAUGAUAAAGUUUCUAUUAGCGAUGGUGUAGCACCGGUUUGUAUUGAUUGGAGUGGUAAAUAUAAUGUACCAAAUGCAACUCAAGGAAAGAUUAUUGGUUGGGAAAUUAUGGUCAAAAAGAACUUACCAAGAAUCGUUUUACGUGAAAGAACUUUAUCGUAUAUUGAUCAAAGUUCUUGUCGAAGCAUGUAUUUAAAAGUUUCUAAAGGGUAUUUGUUUGCUGAUAAGUUUUGUGCUGUAAAUGCAUCAAACCGUAUAUUUUAUGUAACUGGUACAGGCUUAGCGCUUUUACAUUCUGAUUUUUAUUAUUUGAAUGGAAUAUUAUCUUCGGAGAAUCCACUUAAAUCUUAUUCAAUUGGAGUUUUUACAGAUGUUAAUUACCACAUUCAAUGGAUUCGUGAACUGUAUAACAAAUAUACUUAGCAAGCGAUAACAUAAUUAUCUAAGCUCAAUAAAUAGUGAAGAUGACUAUUGAUUGGGUGAUCGCAUUUGUUACUCCAUGGUCGUAGCCUUUAGAUUGCGCCAGUUUCACAUUUUGUAAGAUAUCGAAAAUAUAAUCAUAAUUCUUAGAUGAAAUUAUUAUUGUUGCAAAUAAACAAGUAUUAUUUUUAGAAUUACAAUUGUAUGUUAAUUUGAUUCAUACAUUUUAAAUGUAUUUAACUAUUUUAAUAACACUUUUUGAACUCUUUAACUGUCCUCUAUUUUUUACGUCAGUCAACAAGGAAUAGGAAAUUUUAUUGUUUAUGACUAUAUGUAUGUGCACUUGAUAGUUGUUUAAGAGAUUGUCUAUAAAUAUUGAACAACCAAUUAUUUUAAGUAACUUUUCAACAGUAAAACCAGUCAUAUAAUGAAAAAUAGUAUCCUUAAUAAUAAUGAACUGUUAAGUCUCAACUAUUGAAAAAUCUAAGAAAUUUGAUUUUUCUUCAUGUUCAAUAUGUAAUAAAUCAUCUGUUUUUUUUCAACCAGUAUAAUAUUCAAAUACAUUAAUAAUAUUAUUUCAACGCUGCUAUUGUGCAUUUUAAUACAGUUACUAUGGUAAGAUGAUGAGAUGGAAUUUUAUAAAAGUAUCUGAUUCAUAGAUAAUUUAUAUAUUAUUGUGAAAUUAAUAAUUUAAUAAUUAUCCUCUAUUUUUUACGUCAGCCAGUAUGGAAUAUAAUUGAACACGACUAUAAUUUGUAGAAAUACUAUAUUGUAGAUUGUAAUAGCUAUAAAGCUAUAUUUAAUAACAGUAACUAUAUAUUAUGAUAAUUUAUUAUCCCAACACUAAUGUGUAACUAAAUAGUCUAUAUGUUAUGCCGUGUUACAUAAUCACAAUAUUCAAACAUAUUAAAAAAAUAUAUAUCGAUUUAUACUUUCUCUUUUACUGUAAGUCAGUAUAACAUAAGAAAAGUAUCUGAGUACGCAAUAUUGUUGUUAUUAAAGCUUAGGUCAGAUGAGAUUGAGAAGAAAAACGGAGAAAUUAUGACUUACCUAGUAAUAAAAAACAAUCUGCUGAAGAAAAAUAAUUAAUAGAUAAUUUUAAAUCAUAAAAAUAAAAUAAUAAAAUAAAUUGCAAUAAUUCUGCACAAGUAAUAUUGUUAGUAUAAGUAACAAAAUAAUACUUUGAUUUUAAUUUUAGAAGUCUAAGCCAAGUUUGUUAAACCAUUCUAUGGUCAUUACUCAUUAGUAUUAAAUAUAUACUAUAACACCUUUGUUCUAAUAAUUUCUUAAUAAAUGUUAUCACAAAGAAAUUUAUAGUUUGUUCAGUUUUUUUUCUAUGCCAGUAUGACACAUUAUUUUUAAAUUGGUGUGAAACACCGCCACGGAAAAACACAAACGCUUAACUAUAUUAUAUUGAAAAACAAAAUAACGGUUAAUAUAUUUUACGGGCUUAAAGGAAAAUACUCUUUAAAAAUUAGAGUAAGCAGUCAUUUUGUUCAGGGUCUCGCAUAACGAAAGUCAUCGUGUUUAAAAAUAUGAAAAUAAGAAAAAUAGAGUGCUGGUUAGUCGUUAACGAGACAUGGAAUCCUUCGCCGCGGAACACAAUCAAAACGGUUGUGACGUCACAUUACUUCACCGUUCGACGGCAUUCGGCAUUCCAUUGGCGAUAGAAUCAGACUCGGCACACAAUUUACCAUGCAAAAGUAUAAUAGUAUUAUACGUACAACUUUAAUACGUUUACAACAAACUUAGCUAUGUAUUCAAAAAUUGUUUAUGAAGCAUAUUUAUCUGUUUUACUAUAUGUGUUAUACACGUAUUAUACAUUAGUAUAGAAACGUCAAACAACUGUUAGCUGCAUUUGAUGUAGUAGUAUACAAUAUUAACUUUAAAACUAGUUUACUCACUCAUUAAUAUUUUAAUAUUUUCAUUACCACCUAUUUAUGUAGUUUUUCCUUCAGUCGAUCACCUAAACGCAUAUACAGCAGCUAAGAAAUACAUAAAUCAACAUUAUUUACAUAGGUACCAGAAUCCUAAAGUUUUAAUUUUAAUAUAGAAGACUGGACUUUUCGUGUAAAAUGUUCUAAUUUCUGUGAUUGUUUUUGGUAUUAUAGUUUACAUAUAAUUAUUCUAUAAAUUUUAAAAUAGGUAUUAUUCCCUUU